AUGAGGUACAUGACACGUCACGGUCUAUUUCAUCGACUCGUGUCCAUCCGCGGUCUCGGCCCAAGCUACCUCGACCAGUGGUUUUCAGCCCGGGAAUUCACGUCCGCGAAGAAACUUGGCCCUGCAGGUGCCGCCGACACAUCCUCACGCAACAUGGAGAAAGCCACUGCGGCAUCGUCGCGAGACCGAUCGCGAUCAAAUAGGCGAAACACAACUCUACCUAGUAGAGGUGGACUGUCGGAGUCGGGCUCAAGCAACAAUCCUCAAGACAAGCCAGAUUCUACCGGUAUGCCCAACCACGAGAUCGAUGACAGCGGUAUCGGCGACAUUGACGUCUCGGAAACGGAUUUGGGGGAGGGUUCGGGUGCCGAUUUGAACCCCGAUGUGUCUCGCCCCAGUGCUGCUGCGGAAUCUGCCCACUCCACCCAGAAUGCCCUCUGCGAAAUAAGUCGUCAAGCCCAACAAACGGUAUCGUCACACGAGGGUCUUGAGAAUGCAGGUGCAAGCGCAGAAAUUUUGCAGUGUGUUUUGGACGACAUCAAGGAUGAGGGCCGUUUCCAGAAAAUCCGGACACGGAUUAACGCCGAUGCCAAGUACGCGACCGACGCGGGUAUGGACAAGGCAGAAUCGGAGAGCAGCAUCAUCCAGCUGCGCGAGAAGACCCUCGCUCGUCUAUGCGCCAUCGAGGAGCAGACUGACGGCUGCGUUGACAAUGAGGAGGACUAG